CGAAUAACAAUGUCCCCGUCGUUCAUGAAGAGAUCCUCUUAUCUCCCUACCUCCAACAUGGUCGCAGUCGGAUAUCCCUACGAAAUAUGUUAUAUCUUGACCCUUAUUUCAUGAACUUUUGCGCAUUUCAUCAGACACUGUUUUCACCACCAUGCGUUUUCCCAAUGCGAAAGAAAACACAAACUACACAGGAGUUUACAAGAUUGACAAAACCUUGUCACGACCAUGUCCUGGACAAAUUUAUGUGUUGAUUUCAAACUAAGAAAGGCGCGCAAAGGCGGAAGCUAUACAUGGCACUGUCUUUACUCGUCUCUGCCUCCAACGAACCUGCCAACUCCGAAUAAAGGGACACCUCUUUCCGGUCGUGA